AUGGUUGUCGGUUUGUGUGCUCGCAGGUUGGCCCGUCGGUCUCGGUCCGCCCUGAUCGUCGCCCUCACGGUUCUGCUGGUCCAGACGCUGAUCGUGUGGAACUUCAGCAGCCUGGACUCCGGAGAAGACAGGGAGAACGGAGGCUCCAGCGUGCGGGAGAAGAGGGACCGGGUCGCGGGCAACAAAGCAGCUGGCAGCGACUAUUUCCAGCACGGGGUCCAGAGGCAUCUCCCUCCUCCUCCGCCGGGGAAGGGGACGUCUCGACACAUACAGCAGCCGGACGGAUAUUACUCCCACAGGCCGAAGGAGAAAAGCAAAGUGGACAGCAACAACGAGAAUUCUGUGCCCAAAGACUUUGAGAAUAUUGACAAUAGUAACUUUGGUGCGCGCUCGCAGCCACACCGGCAGUCUGUAGGCGCCACCAGCAGCAAGCAGCAGCGGGAGCAUCUGCAGGAGAAAGCCCACGCCCAGCAGCAGACCUGGCGGGACAACUCCCCGGGUCUGGGCCGCAGCUCAAACGAAGUGCUGCCUGUAGGCCACCAGCCCUUGGCGGUCAGCAACAAUGCCUCCUAUCCGGGUGGUCAAGGCGGAGUGGGAGUGUCGCGGCAACACUACCGUGCCUCGCAGGCCCAGCAGGCCCAGUCACAGCACAGACAUCAGCACCCGAACAGGAGGCAAGCGACUGCAGCGCCGCUAGGGGUGACCUACGACGAACCACCAAAGUGCGAGAUCAGUGGGAAGGAAGCCAUUUCAGCUCUGUCCAGAGCCAAGAGCAAAGAGUGCCGGCAGCAGAUUGCUGAGGUGUACUGCAGACACAAGGAAGGGCAAUUAAUGCCUGAGACGGUCACUCGCUACUGCCCCCUCGAGGGUAAAGCCAACGCUAAUGUUCAGUGGGAUGAGGACUCUGCUGAGAGCUUUCCAUCAAAACCAGUCAGAAUAGCGUUUGUCUUGGUGGUCCAUGGACGAGCCUCUCGCCAGUUUCACCGCCUCUUCAAAGCCAUCUACCACACCUCACACUACUACUACAUACAUGUUGACCAGCGCUCUAACUACCUGCACAGACAGGUGCACUCCUUGGCUGCCCAGUAUUCCAAUGUGAGGGUGACACCCUGGCGCAUGGCCACCAUCUGGGGGGGUGCCAGUCUGCUGACCAUGUAUCUUCGCAGCAUGGCUGACCUGCUGGCUAUGAGGGACUGGAGCUGGGAUUUCUUCAUCAACCUCAGUGCUGCCGACUACCCCAUCAGGCCCAACAACCAGCUGGUGGCCUUUCUGUCCAAAUACAGAGACAUGAACUUCAUCAAGUCCCAUGGCAGGGACAAUGCCAGGUUUAUCCGUAAGCAAGGUCUGGAUCGUCUGUUCUUUGAGUGCGACACUCACAUGUGGAGGCUGGGUGACCGUAAAAUCCCAGAAGGCAUCUCGGUGGACGGCGGGUCCGACUGGUUCCUUCUCAACCGCAUGUUCAUUGAGUAUGUCAUCAACUCCAAGGACGACCUGGUCACCAACAUGAAGCGCUUCUACGCCUACACUCUGCUGCCAGCCGAGUCGUUCUUCCACACGGUGCUGGAGAACAGCGCCCACUGUGAGAGCAUGGUGGAUAACAACCUGCGCAUCACCAACUGGAACCGCAAACUGGGAUGCAAGUGCCAGUACAAGCACAUCGUGGACUGGUGUGGAUGCUCCCCGAAUGACUUCAAGCCUGCAGACUUCCACCGAUUCCAGCAAACAGUGAGGCCCACCUUCUUUGCCAGGAAGUUUGAAGCCAGCGUGAACCAGGAGAUAGUGAACCAGCUGGACGCCUACCUGUUUGGAUCGUUUCCCCAAGGAACGCAGAGCCUCAACUCGUACUGGGAGAACCUGUACGACGAGCCAGAUGGCGUGGCCAGCCUGUCAGACACGCAGCUCACGUACUUCCACUCAUUCUCACGGCUGGGCCUGGCCAGAGCUGCCGCAUCGCUGCAGGGAAACCCAAAUGAUCACAGCUGCAGGUACUUCCCCAUGGGCCACCCGGUGUCGGUGCAUCUCUACUUCCACUCAGACCAGUUCCAGGGCUACCUGGUCAAGCACCAUGCCACCAAUCUGGCAACUAGCAAGCUGGAAACCAUAGAGACCUGGGUGGCACCCAAGAAGAUCUUCAAGCUAACCGCUCCUCCUAGCAGCACAUUCAGCAGGUUGCAGCUUGCAGAGAUCGGAACUGAGUGGGACGCCAAAGAACGGUUGUUCAGAAACUUCGGCGGCCUGAUGAGCCCCAUGGACGAGACGGUGGGCAUGCAGAGGUGGAGCAAGGGCCCCAACGUCACUGUCACAGUCGUGUGGAUCGACCCCACCAACGUGAUCGCAGCCACCUAUGACAUUCUGAUCGACGCCAGCGCAGAGUUCACCCACUACCGCCCGCCGCUCAACCAGCCUCUGCGGCCCGGCGUGUGGAGCGUCCGCAUCCUGCACCACUGGAGCCCUGUGGCCGAGAUGCACUUCCUUAUUGCCCCGUUGGCUUAUAACAAGCACCAGCCCAUAAGACAAGAGGAUACUCUGAAGCACCACAACGGGCCAGCAAAGAACAGCUACAUGGAGCAGAGUUUCCACGGCCUCAACCCAGUGCUCAACAUCCCUGUCAGCCUGGGAUAUGUGGAGCAGGCCAAGAGGAACGCCGCCCUGACCGGCCUGGAGCUCGAGCGUUGGCUAGACAGCCUGGUGGGCGAGUUGUGGGAGGCAGCCGACGUCUGCGCCGUUGGCCUCACCGCCUGCCCUGUCAUGCAGGCCUGCCCCAAGAACCCUUGGAGCUCCCUGAGCCCAGACCCCAAAUCCCAUCUGGGAACACCGCGCGCAGACGGGCGCAUCAGGUAGCAGCGAGGCCUCCAGCUGGACGGGAGGCCACAG